AUGUCACUUGAUGGUCACCCUACCAUUUUGGACGAGAGAGCUUUGUCACAACAGAUUUUUCAAAGAGUAAAGCCUUACUGUAUUCAACUAACUCAAGAAGCACUAGCGUCAAAUUUCAAUGAAGCAAAAGUGGUAUCACUGUUGACAUCAAUAGAAGAAGGGUUGAAGCCAGUGCACGUGGAGAACCAAUUGCAUGGUCGGCUUUUCCUACUACCGAAUGUUGCCGACUACAUAUUCUUCCCCAUCUCAAAUUUGCUCAAAAAGUCCGAAUUGAGUGAUUCAAUUGUUCAGCAUAUCUUGUCAAUCAUUGGUUACUUGGUAGAGCGUUGUUGGAAACUUAAUGGCAACUAUGUUUUAUUUGAUCAGCUAUUCCCGUUGGUUCUCUACCUCAUCGAAGGAGACUUGAAAAACAAGACACUGAGUAUUGAUGAUAAAGCACUACAAUUCAAAAUAUCAUCAGUUUAUGCUCUUAAUGAAAUGGUCCAUUCUCUUGAAAUGUCGUAUUUUGAAGAAAAUGGAAACAGACUUCAUUUUUUGAGUAGAAGCAUCCAGUUGGCCCUUGCAGUAUUGAACUCCACAAAAGCUAGUGAUCAAGAGACGACUAGUCUCCUUGUUAAUUGUUGCCGCUUGAUACAGAGCUUGCUUCUGAAGCUUGACUCGGAAAAAAAGUCAACCAUUCUUCCCGGCAUUGUUUCAGGGAUUGCAAAUUUUGUUACUUUGAACUCGAGCAUGAACUAUAAACUAUUCAUACAAAUAAUUCGACUAUUGUCCAGCAUUAUCUGCAGCUCGUUUAACGAUAAAGACCUUCAUGCAGAACUCAACCUCGACACUGUCACAAGCAUCCACGAUAUCCAAAACGUAUGGGAUGACGAUGAGACAACACUUGACGGUGUUGAGAAGAGCGAUAUUUCUAUCGAAGAGCAGGGCCACAGGACUAUGCUGUGGCUCAGGGCAACAUCAAAACAAUUAAAGAUUACUUUGGUUAUUCUUUUCAGAUCCCUUCUUCUAAGCCCAAGGAACAAGAACCGUUUGCGAACAAGGUCGGAGCUUGCCGACGAGGUUCAAAAUUUUGUGACUUCUGUUAUGAAUACCUGCUUUGUCUCCUUGUAUAAUGAGUUUGUUCCACUCGCCUUAGAUCUAUGUGCUAUAUUGGUAUUUGCUUCUUCUUGGGAAAAUGAUGAGUCACACACGAGAAUUAGGGAUAUAUCCUCUAGUAUCAUGGAGACUAUCGGUACUGACAGUAAUAAAUGCAUUGCAUACUACGACGUGGUCAAAGAAAAGCUCUCAAGCUUGAUUGACAACAAACUAGCCCUUAUUGUUUUUUCAACGGACGAGGACAAAGUAAACUUGAACUUGAUUGCGAUCAAGCUUCAUUUUGAAAUGCUCAGUAAAAUAUCAUGGAGGCAGCCAGAUGGUUCGGAGGAUUUGAAACUAUUAAGGAGGAGAUGCUUGCGAGUAUUGCUUGAAAUGGUUGUGGAUCACUUCAGAAUGGAAAAGUCUCAAAAGACAAGUCGGGGGACUCCCUCGCUAUCAACCGGAGAUAGCAGUUCACUGAACCGACUAGACGAUAUUGAACUACCAGGUCACAUCAAUGCCAAAAGUGUCAAAACGGUAAAGCCGUCUUCGUCUAGCAGUGCGAUUCCCUAUAAGCGCCAGCUACAGCUCAUAUCGUCACAAUGGACUCGUUCUCUGUUUUCUUCCGCAGAAGACAUGAGCAUCGGCUUGGGCUCGAACGCGUUGGAUAGUAGUUUGCAAUCAAUCAUUUCCUUCUUGUCUAAACUAAAGUUUAGAGGGGGAGGAGAUCUUGUAUUGCUGGAUUUGGAAGAAAUUUUGGAGAGUUCGGAUAGCUCCAGCGUAUUGGAAAAGGGUGUUUCAUUGUGGUUUGCAUCUAAUUUUGCAAAGAAUAGUUUACAAAAGCUACACGAGUUUGAUACUUCUGAGUUUCUCAAUGUCGAUGAUAUGGUUACUGAUGAUGUUCUGAAUCUAAAUGAAGCGUCAUAUCUUUUAAUGAUCAAGGCUGAAAGUAUUUUGGAUGAUUUCUCAAAUAGUAGUGGAUCUUUUGUGAACAAAGAAGAAGAGUUGGCCUAUGUUUCAGCCAUGGAAGCAAUUAACUGCGUCGUUGGUACCAUUCCAUUAACAUCUUUUCAAACAGAUGUGUUAAUGGACCACUUGUUGUAUUUGUUUCAAGCCUUGACAAUGACCGAUAAGCCACAGAUUCAAUAUCAUGCUCAACAAACAGUGAAAGCUAUUGUGGAUUGCUACUAUGGAGGUUCAAUGCUGAAGAUGAUCAUGGACAAUCUGGACUAUCUCAUUGACUCCAUUAGUUUGCAGAUGACGGUAGCUAGCAACUUGACACCGCUGUUACCUGGAAUAUUGAUCAUUUUAAUCAAAGUGGCUGGUAUUCAGUUACUAGAAAGUAAUCAAUUAUUUGAUAUUCUUUCCGAUAUAUUUGUCAUUCUAGACUCGUACCAUGGCUAUAAUCACUUAGUUGAAGGCUUUUUUGUGGUUUUUGAGGUGCUUGUGGAACAAAUUAGGCUGAUGUUUUUGAGCACUUCUACAGCAAUAGAAAGCCACAAACAGUGCAAGUCUCAAUUUACACCAUGGGGUAUGACACUGAAAACCCAAUUGAUGCAUUUUCUACAAGACAAAAGUCACGUGGACCCCUUAGCGGAAUUUGAUGGGGAGAAGGUAUACUUUCAAAGGACAGAAGAUAAGCCAUUUGAUGAAAUGGAUAAGGAUUCUGAUGAUGAUGAUGAUGAUGAUGAUGAUGAUGAUAGUGGCGAGGAUGGUGGCUCUGCAAAUGAGGAGCAGUGGAGCUCGCCGAUACCAAAAUCAAUCUACGAGGUUUUGAAACGCAUAUUCAAUUAUGGCUUCACUCUAGUCUCGCAGCCAUCAUACACCUUGAAAGCGCAAAUUAUCAAGACUCUUCGGCUCAUAUUUCCAUUACUUUGUACUGAGUACAAGUUGGUUUUGCCCUUGAUGGCAAACAAUUGGUCAGUGUUGAUCACUUUGAUUACUGCAUCCAACUCCUUGUCGUCAAGCUCAGUGGAUAUGGGAACUACUCUUUCGCGAGAGCAAAUAAAUGUCACUAUUGAGUCGCUCAAAUUUGUGACGGAUGUUUUGAAUCGUGAUAGGGACCAGGAAGAAUACUUCUUCAGUAGAAAAUUUCAAGAAACAUGGAGCUUUAUCCGAAAUCAUUCAGGGUUUAUAUCAUCAAAGAUUCUGAAAGUGGAGGAGCCCACUACUCAAAUUAUUGUUGCAGAGAAGGCGGUAUCAACAUUAAGAUCAUUUCCUGCUUUGAAAGAUGCACUUGUGGAAUUCUUUAUUGCAGGGACUCAAAAUUAUGAAAAGACGAUACCUGAUUUGGACAGAUUUUAUUUGAUAAAACUAUGCUAUAGACUUCAAAUACCGAAAAAUUUGAAGCUAACUAGAGACACUCGAUGCGUAUUGGAGGUCUUGAAAUCAAAAUGUGUAUUAGCUAUAUAG